AUGGCUGCAAAAGUGAAUACACACUCAGUCCGGGGUGUCACGGGUUCGAACUUUAGGGAGCAUGUCAGACUAAAACCUAAGCAUAAUUGGCAUAUAAUGAAGAAGGGUUUUGCUACCAAGCAAAAGUCUUGCGUGUUGCAUCAGAACACCAAGGACUCAAGGAGCCACCAUAUGCCAAAUCUCUUUCCCUUCCUCUUUCCUAUCUUUUUCUCCAGUCCGUCUGCCGUUGAAUAG